AUGGACGAGAAACUUCACGAGGUGCUUGACAUUGUAUUGAGUGAUGAGAAGUUGUUAGGGUAUCUCCAAGAGAAUGGCAUCAUCUGUGAUAGAGACGUAAAUCAGAUCAGAAUACCGAAACACUCGUUCACUUCGCACCAGCUCACGUACUGUACCGUAGAUGAGGUAUCACAGAACCACCAGAGCGUGUUGGUGGGCGGGAUUCCGGCUAUUUGGAACAUGCAGCACUCAUAUGGGUUGUUCCAGAUGGUUGAGAAGCUCUCUGAUUUUAGGUUGAGGAAGAGAAUUAAGUAUGUGUACGAGAGGACCAGGAGACGGGAGGCGAAGAUCCUAGGCUGGAGGCAGCAUAAUAGUGCGGGUCAGCUACGGAAGUUUGAAGAAAGUGCGAAACCUUCGAAGCAGGUGAUGAUGUACAAUGGCACAAACACUGACGUAGAGGAUGAUGAAUCAUGUUACAAUACGGAUGAUUCAUUGGCGGCCAGCGAUCUGCCGUCAUCUAGUGAAAGUGCCAGGGCCAGUGCCAGUGCAAGCAGCAGCACCAGUACCAGCAUCGACGCAUUGCCAUCUGGUGUGGUUACAAACCCGGUGAACUCAGAACCUGCGCCGAGAUUUGCAUCUAUUUUAGGGAAACCCAAUAGUAAUAGUAAUAAUAAUAAUAAUAAUAAUGGAGUUGCAAACGUUAAAGUUGUUGUCAAUGACUAUGACAGCGACAACAGUGGGGCUGGAAUUGGAAUUGAAGCUUACUCCCCUGUUUCCAAUAGAGGAGCCAGAAACGCUUUAGGGUCAACUAGAAGCAGAACAAGAAGAGAUCGUUCUGUUAGCCCUGCGAGAUCGCUGAGAAGUACUACCUCAAGUAGAGACCCGAUUACAGUCCUUAGACCAAUCCCUCAGAAAAUAACACUAGAGGAAGAAAUGCGCAUCAAAAACUCAUCUAAGCAGUACACCGCUUUGAAGGCUAUUGGGAAAAGGAUCGCAGAUAACUUCCCAGAGAAGAAAACGGAUAACUUCGUGGACAGGUAUCCGAACGGUUACAACAGCGGCAGCAGUAACAUUAUCUUGGAUACAUCAAGGCUCAAUAAAGUUAUCAAGAUGGAAAAAAUGCUAGUUAUGGUCAAGGAAGCAUUAUCGGCAAAAGUGGUGCCAUCACAUUUCUCCGAAGAUGAACCGGUGGAUACAAGAAUUUACCAAAGGUGGAAAGAGUAUAUUGUUGUUGCAAGAGCCACAGGGAAUCCAAAUGCGCCUAUCAAAUUGCAAUUCUACACAUCAAGUAAAAUUAAGACAGUGGACACAAGGCAAAAGAAACCAUGGCAUUGUAAGAUGGAAUUCGAUUUGGACAAAACUUGCCUAAUUGAAUUCUACAACUCUUUGGACAAGAGUCUUUGCAUUGUCAAACAGGAUGAUGAACUAACACAAGAAAUACGCUUUUCGGAAAAUAACAAGAAAAAGGCAAACUUGAAGAAACCCUACGACCCAUUACAAAUCUUUAUCCUAAGAUGUGAUAAUCUCAUAUCUUCAAGCAGAUGGUUAGUCUUCUUGCGAUCUAGUAUUGGUCAAACGUCAAAAUUCCACAAGAUUAAUGUUCACAUUCCUACCAUCGAUUUUUCCCUUGACAUAGAUUUACCCAAACAUGUUCUAAAUCAACUAGCUAAAAAGGCCGAAGAAGAAGAAGAUACGAUGAAGAUCUUCUUUUUGAGUAAGGGAUACCUGGUUUUGCAGCUUCCUAUUAUAAGAUUCUUGAGACUUGCCAUUCGAGAAAUGGUUUUAAAGCUCGGUUACAAAGAGGCGGCUCUUCAAUGGGAUAAACCCAGUGUCUUAAUGGGGAUUUGUUGGAAACAUUAUGAUAGAUUGGAAUGGGCUUUUGGGAACCAAGCAGACAUAUUGUACGGAUCCUUCGUGAUGAGAAAAUCACAUACCGUCGAGUACAGACACUUGCAAACGUAUCCAAAAUCGGUAGAGAUAAGCGUUGAUAGAGAAGAAGAUACAGAUAUCAGUAAUGGAAACAAUGAGGUAUCAAACUAUGUACUACUAGAACCUCCUCCAAUUGAAGGCUUUUUAUCUCAAAAUACGAUAAAAUAUCACAAUUCGACUGUUGGGCUAUCUCAACCAUAUUUUAAGAUCUCCUAUUGGUUCACUUCAAAUAAUCUCUUAUUCGUAAUGAGGUCAGCAAAGGCCACACCACCAUUACCAGACGAAGAAAUUGUCGAUCCUUUUGGGUUUGUCAAGGAUAAGAAUAAAUUACAAGAUCUCUUAAAGAGCAUUCCAAAAAUAUAUGAAUCCAACCCUUACACAUUAAACGAAAAUGGGCAUAUAGAGUGGCUAAAUGAUAAAAUGACAGAUGAAGAGUUUAGCAAACGUGAUAAAACUGCCGCAAGGUCAUUUCUAAGAAAAGUCUCAUCAAUUCUUAAGGCAGAUAGCUGUAUCGAUAUGACUAGCGUACUAGAAAUUAGACCAUUCAACCACACUUUAAUAAACAAUCAAACCUUCAAAGUAUGGAAUGAGGCCAAUAAUCUAAUAUGGAAAAACAAUAUGCCGGUUGAAGAAACCAAAUCAUCCAUCAUUGAAUUGGUCCUUGAUAAUAAAACCAGUAAAUUGCUUCUAGCUCCUGAUCCUGAAUCUUGUGCAGAGUGGAUGUCAAGACUAAAGGAUAUAUCCUUCUACUGGAAAAAACGCUUGGCUAAAGAUCGGCAACUUCUAUGGGAUUUAAAGUUCAAGAAUCUCAAUACAUUCAAUAUCACAGAACAGGAAGAAAAACAUAUAUCUGCCUUUGCUCCAAAAUGGAUGACAGAAGUUUCGGUAACUGACGAUAAUAUAUAUAAUGUUAGUGCACACGCUAUGGCUCAUCCUAUUAUUCACCAAGGUCUCAUAUAUCAGAAAUCUCGGAAGCAUUCUGUGUUUAAAAAAGAGUUUAUGAUAUUAAUUCCAGGAUUUGUGUUACUCUUCCAUUGCUUUGAGAGGUCUGUCAGAGGAUAUGCGAAGAACAGUACAGAGUACAGGCACUCUCUGACAUUUCCAAUUGAGAAAUGUUACGUAUAUUCUGGAGCACUAACAGAGCAAGAGCUUUUAAAACGUGAUAAAGAGUUCAACUCCAUUAACCCAGGAUCACACUCGUUAUCAAGAGUGUACACCGACGGUUGGAGAAAUUAG